GUCGUCAUGGACAGAUUAAACUGGGGGCACCAAAGUGAAAGCGAAACUUAAGGCUACACCGAAAAUCUGUGGCUUUCUGCCCUGCAGUACAUUCUUUGUUGAUGACUGAAGAUGACUGAAUGAAUAUUGAAAUCUUUAGGUGCAAAAUGUGUGCGGCCUUGUUUUAACCACCAGCACGUUGACAAAGUGAACAAGUGCAAAGAGGCCUGUUCAACCAUGCUACAGCAAGCUGAGAGACACAUCUCAGCCUGGCCUCCCGUCCUGUAGCCUCCCUCCAUCUCCUGCCCGCUGCGCUCCACGCCGCGACUCCUCGCUCCAUGUGCUCGUCCACGUCGGCCUCCUCCACCCGUGUCACAUCAGCCUAUAUCCUUAUCUGCAUAACUUUCUCCCUCUUCCUCUCACAUUAAUUAAUUCAAACAACACCCCCUUCCCCGCCGCCCAGCCAAUCACUCCGCCUUCCCGUCCUCUCUCCCCCCACCUCCCCUCCCUAUCUGCAUCUCUCUCUCCCUCCCUCUGUCUCCUUUCAUAGAACCAAACCUCUUUGUGAUGUCCAGCCUUGGCAAGUUGCGCCCGAUUUGCUGUCACAGUCUUAAUGAAUUCAUCUGUUUGUGUAUUGGCCAUGGGAGCAUUUCUCCCUCCUCCCUCCCUCUCCCUCUCUCCCUCUCUCUCUCUCUCUCUCUCUCUCUUUCCGACCCCCCACCCCACCUCCAUCUCUUACUGGUGUUCCCCUGGGGGCUCUAUAUAUACCAGGGACCACUCCGGGCACCUAUUGUUCCUCUAAGUAAACUUACAGACAGAUGCCCUGCACCACAGUGUGGGAGAGAGCCCAGAGAGUCAGGAGGAGGGAGACAGCUAGCGUUUGCAGAGAGUGACCAGACAGUACUGACCUGGAAACACCGCAGGGUAGCCUCAUCUCUAGCACCUCUGCAUCCUCUCCGCUCGUUCCGCGUGGCUCCCGCCGGUCUGCUCGUUGUCACUGCGGAGCGGAGGUCUGAUGUUCUGACACCAUGCUGCUGCUGAUAUCACUGCUCACCAUGGGACUCGACUGCUUGCUGGGAGCCCCGACAGGUCGAGAGGUUUACAGGAUGCCCCAGAGCGCGCUCAAAGCUCUGUCUGAUCGUGGCACUGUGGUUCUAGAGGCGGCCAUGUCCAGCGCCCUGUCCACCCUCGAGCGCGCAUCAUCUGAGAGGAGUCGGGCUGAAGCCGGCUGCCGGGGCUGCGUUCCCUGUUUGUUUCAGGACUGUGGACAGUUGACUGGCGCCUGCUCGUCUCCUGCCAGUGCCUUAUCAGAGCCCAGCUGUGAUGUCAUCACUAAGGCCCAGAAGCUUCAAGAUGAAGCCGAGCGUAGUUGGGUUUUGAGCCAGGCCUGUGCGUACUACCAGCACCGCUGCCCGCCUGGCGAGAUAGAUAAGGAGACCUGCAUCAGGAUCAUGGGGGAGAGCUGCAGCGCCCGUGUCCUCCAGUGCAGCCUGCUCAACACCAUGCAGAACCUGGAGCCUGCGACACAGACGCAUGCACAGGCAGUGUGCGGUCAGAGGUCGUCCGGGGUGCAGAACAUCACACAGCCUCGCUCCCGCAUUGUGGGCGGCUCUCCUGCUCCUCCGGGCAGCUGGCCCUGGCUGGUCAACCUCCAGCUAGACGGUGGCCUGAUGUGCGGCGGGGUCCUGGUGGACAGCUCCUGGGUGGUCACUGCUGCUCAUUGUUUUGCCGGCAGCCGCAGCGAGAGCUACUGGACCGCCGUGGUUGGGGAGUUUGACAUCACCAAAACUGACCCUGAUGAGCAGGUUCUCAAAGUGAACCGCAUCAUCCCCCAUCCUAAGUUCAACCCAAAGACAUUUAACAACGAUAUAGCCCUGGUGGAGCUGACGUCCCCUGUGGUCCUCUCCAACCGAGUCACCCCAGUGUGUCUCCCCUCUGGCAUGGAGCCCCCUACUGGCAGUCCAUGCCUGGUGGCAGGCUGGGGCUCCCUCUAUGAAGACGGCCCGUCUGCUGAUGUGGUGAUGGAGGCCAAGGUGCCUCUGCUGCCUCAGGGCACCUGUAAGAGCGCCCUCGGCAAAGAACUGGUCACCAACACCAUGCUGUGCGCUGGCUAUCUCUCCGGAGGCAUUGACUCGUGUCAGGGAGAUUCUGGAGGCCCGCUGAUCUACCAGGACAGGAUUUCAGGUCGGUUCCAGCUCCACGGCAUCACCUCGUGGGGAGACGGCUGUGGGGAGAAGGGCAAACCUGGAGUCUACACACGGGUGUCUGCUUUCUCUGACUGGAUUCAGGCUGAGAUACAAAAGUCAUUUGGAAGCAGGGAGCCGACAUGUCCGGAGCUUCUGAAGACGACAGAAAUGACAGAGGAGGAACAGAGGGCGGAGUUCAGCUCUCUCUGUCGCUUCUACACCCUGACCUGUCCCCCUGGUCAGUCUGCCAGCUCCUGCAGCCGUAUGACCGAGGACAAGUGCCUCACCCGCUUCAAGAAAUGUCAGCUGCGCUCGUUCCUGCAGACCCUGUUGGACUUGCUCCAGAGGGCCGAGGACUACAUCCGGGACAAGGUCGACUUGACCUUCUUCACCCAAACUCUGCCUCAGCUGGUGGAGCACAUCUACAGCACGGCUUUCACCCACACCAGAGAGAGGAGGGACCUGGGCCUGAGCCAUGGUCUCACACAGAUCCAAGAACAGCUAGGUGGAGCUGUGGUGCCGACAGAGCAGGGUCCUUCUCCAGUUCCUCCAGCCUUGUUCAGAGAAGUGGGACCCUCAGUGGACGACUGGGAGAAAUACCUGAGAAACGUGGCCGAGGACCUGGAAAAACAAAGCACUGAGUCACAAAGAGGACAGGAGGAGAAUCUCUUCUUACAGAUGGAGGACGCCUCAGUGCAUCAUCUGGAGGGAGAGUUUCGAUCUGUCAUCUCAGCUCUGCGCUCCAAACUGGACUCACGCGCCGCUCCUCCCAUCCUGCAACUGGACACAGUCUACCUCCAGGAGGACUCUCCCAACAGUCCCCCUUUACCUGCUUCUUCUACUGGAGCACCAGGCCACACCGGCCCCUCCUCCUCCUCCACCUCCUCCUCCUCCUCCCAGGAAUCCCAGCAGCCCUGGUCACUUCUAUCAGCUCUGAUGAGUGAAAUUCAGAAAUUAGGGACACAAGAAGACGCGCCACAGAGCGAAACCUCGGCCGAUAGUGACGUUCUCGGUGAUGCAAAAUGGAGCGCAAACUCAGAGGAUUUUACUUUUGAAGAGGAUGGAGACAGGGCAGAAACAAAAUCUUCAGCGUCACCAGAGCAGUCAACAACUGUCGGUCAGCCGGUCGCUGAAGGUGCUCACACAGAGACGACAGCUGACCCACGACAGACUGUGAACAGUUUAAGUCUUCACAGAAAAUACAGGAGCCUCCUUCGCAAGAGGCAGAUACCUGGGGCCAACGGGAAAAUUUGUCCCGGAGUGAGAGAGUCCUCGCAGCAAGUCAGCCAAGUCAGAGACUCGUACAGAUGGGUCUUAAAUAUCCCAAGCAAGAACCUACGCAUGAACUUCCAAGAGGUGUUAGUCGAUCUGAGCUCCAAGAACGAUCGAGGACUUUACCAGGCGCGGGUCAGAGCUGUCGUGGGAGGACGACCUUUGACCUUCUACAGUCUCGUGGGCCUGGAGAAUGAGUCAUUCUACCGUAGCGUGCCGAGGAUCAUCGCUCUGGCACUGGAGGCACUCAAGACUUGAUUUUAUUUACAGCAAAGCGAGAAGAAUAAAGACUCAAACGAGAGACAAUAGCACAGACACUUCUCAGAAAGACCCCUCGUCCCGGGAAAGAGAGAGAGAGAGAGACGCACAUAAAACGCACACUCACACAAACUGUACUUCUACUUCCGUCUCCUGUGAAAAGAGUUAUUAUGUUUGUUCCCCACCUGAGAGCCUGACUGUAGCUCUUAAAGGAAACCAUGAAUGUAUCAAUCCAACUAUGGACCGUCCAUCACGCCGCAGGAUGUUUUCUUUUUGAUUCUGUGUUGUUUUGUUUUUGUGGUUGGAGACGCAGCCUUGUCUAACUUAUGAAUCUGUACAAAAUAAGUUAUUCAUAAUGUCUUUUGCAAAGGUUGAGCCUCUUGUGAAGCAGACAGACCGUAUAUAUUAUUCAUAUUCUUACCUUAUUCCUAUCAUAUUUAUUUGUAUAGA